AUGCAACUACGUUGUUUCCUGAAAAAAAGUCAGGCUAACCCCGACCACUCCGAGAGUUUUUGCCAAGUAUAUCUCGAAUUCCUCUACUCUAUCACGUACAAUUAA